AUGCCAACUCGUGGGACCCGCAAACGCACUUUAGCAUCUCCUGCUGCCAAAACUCAACCCAAACCGACUCAACACCGCACUUCCAAACGAUUAACCCAAAAGAAAACCACAGGCCCAGCCAUUUCAAGGCUUUCCAGUGAUGACUCUGAUGCUGAUGAAGAGGAAGAUGAUGAAGAUGAAGAUGAAGUCGAUCAGGAGGACAAUGAGGAAGACAAACAACCCAAAACCCCUCCCAUCAAACGUACUCGAAUCACUCGGAAAAAACAAAUCGACCUACCUAUCAAACCCAGCCGCUUCGACAAACCCCAGAAUCCUUCUGAUAUUGAUCCCCACCGUGUCACUCUGCAGAACUACGAAGAGUGUGAUCUCGAUGAAGCUGCCAUUGAUGAAUUGCUUGCAGACAAAGACCGCAAAACUUCAAAUCGGAUCCCAACUAACAUCCAAACCGAGCUCAAAAAUGUUCAAAUGUGGUACCGACGUAUGAAAAAAUUGUUUGCAUUGAUGGCACACUGUAGUGAGAACACAGUCAACGAGUUCCUGCAUGAAGCAAGUCCUGGAGAGUACGACUUGUACACAAAUGCCACCCCGAAACCAAUCUGA